AUGUUACCCCUCGGUCUUUUGAACGCUGCCCAAGGGCACCCUAUGCUCGUGGAGCUCAAGAACGGCGAAACGCUGAAUGGUCACCUCGUCAUGUGCGACACUUGGAUGAACCUGACGUUGAAGGAGGUCGUGCAGACGAGUCCGGAAGGCGACAAGUUCGUUAAGAUACCCGAGGUUUACGUGAAGGGAAACAACAUUAAAUACCUCCGAGUCCCCGACGAUAUUAUCGAUCUGGUCAAGGAGAACCAGCAGAACAACCAGGGAGGUUUCCGCGGAGGCAGGGGCGGACAAUCGAGAGGCGACCACGGCGGCCGCGGCGGAGACAGGGGACGCGGCAGAGGACAGAGAGGCGGCCGUGGAAGGGGCCGCGGCCCAUCAUCAUGA